GCUCUCGCGGCGAGUGUCGUUGAGUGCCGUCGUCGUCAAGCAGUCGUCAAAUACUCGUAUCGUUCGUGUUCUGUCGCUGUCGGACCGAGGCUGGAGAUUUGCAACGCGGGACACUCCAGACAAGGUGAAUCUCUCUCUCUUCGCGCGCGAUUUGAGGAAACCUGUGAGUGAGGCAUACAUUACAACUUUACAACGAGCGGCGGAAUCCGGAACUGAUGUCGCGCGGGACGGCGCGGCGGUACUCCGACGACGACGGGUCGCGUAAUCAAUCGUGAUCGGUCGCGCGCGUCGUGAGUCGUUCACAACGAACGGGGGUGGCCGCCGCCCGCGGCACGGUCUUCGCGCGCCAGCAGUCCGUCGAAACAUGCGUCCGUUGCGGGGCGACGGGAACCGAGCGACAACCAAGGAGGCUCCUUCGAGGAACUGUCAGGGGAACCGUCGCCACCACCAUCGCUGCCGACGCCGCCACCACCACUGCCGUUACGCGUGAGUCAGUGCGGGAUCGGACGGAGGCGACGCACGCAAAAUGGCUUCGGGCGACAAUGUGGACGUGAUCGAGGUGGUCGAGACGACGAGCUUCCCCGUGCCGGCGCAGCCCACGAUGGAUCACCUCAGACCGGAGCAAUCCACCAUCGAGGAGGACUAUAAAUCGACCGGAGAGAAAAUAACAUCAUUUGACAGCUCAGUAGUACAACAUGGUACGACAGGUGGCAAGACCCUCGUGGGGGUAUCAAGAAACAAAUCGGAACGAGAGAGGAAGAUUGGGCAUCGAAGAGUUGGAGUGGGAGGUGAAAUCACAUAUAAGAAGAUUCAAACGACACAAAUUAUGGGAUCUAUUCAAUUGGGUAUACAGCAUGCUGUUGGCGGUCUUGCAAGUAAACCGGAACGUGAUUUAUUAAUGCAAGACUUUAUGACGGUGGAAACAACGAACUUUCCUAGUGAAGGAUCAAAUCAUACUCCAGCCCAUCAUUUCUCGGAGUUUAAAUUUAAGAACUAUGCACCUAUUGCAUUUCGUUAUUUUAGAGAUCUCUUUGGCAUUCAACCGGAUGAUUUUUUGAUGUCAAUGUGUAGUGCACCAUUACGUGAGUUAUCAAAUCCUGGCGCCAGUGGGAGUAUCUUUUAUCUAACAGAUGAUGAUGAAUUCAUUAUAAAGACUGUUCAACACAAAGAAGGAGAGUUUUUGCAAACUCUACUUCCAGGAUAUUACAUGAAUCUAAAUCAGAAUCCAAGAACAUUAUUGCCAAAGUUUUUUGGAUUGUACUGCUAUCGAUGUAAUAGUAAAAAUGUUAGAUUAAUUGCUAUGAAUAAUCUUUUACCUUCAUCUGUAAAAUUGCAUCAAAAAUAUGAUUUAAAAGGGUCUACAUACAAAAGAAAGGCAUCGAAAACAGAACGUUCGAAGUCUUCACCAACGUAUAAAGACCUAGAUUUUAUAGAACAUCAUCCAGAAGGUAUCUUUUUAGAAGCCGACACAUAUGGUGCACUAGUAAAAACUAUUCAACGGGAUUGUCGUGUAUUAGAAAGUUUCAAAAUUAUGGAUUAUUCUUUACUUGUUGGAAUCCAUAAUCUUGACCAGGCUGCAAAAGAAAAAGCUCAAGAACAAAGAUUAUCGGCAAGUGCUGAUGAAGAAAUUGAUGAAAUGGGUGGCGAAAGUGACGGAUUCAUUCAAUCUGAGAGAGAAAAACAAAAAGAGGAUAGAAUAGGCGCUGCUGCUUUAAAUCGAUCACGUAGUAUAAAUCGUCAAAGGUUGGUUGCUCAUAGUACAGCGAUGGAAAGUAUUCAGGCUGAGAGUGAACCAAUAGAUGAAGAGGAUGAUGUACCUUCAGGUGGUAUUCCCGCCAGAAACGCGCGUGGUGAACGUCUUUUAUUGUUCCUUGGAAUUAUCGACAUUUUGCAAAGCUAUAGGUUGAAAAAGAAACUGGAACAUACGUGGAAAUCGAUGAUACAUGAUGGGGACACUGUAUCAGUGCACCGGCCAGGAUUUUAUGCGCAACGCUUUCAGGAUUUCAUGGCCAAGACAGUAUUUAAGAAAAUACCAUCACUGGACCUGCCUGAGAUUAAGGGGAAUCACCGCAAAUUCCGUAACCUCGUCACCAGUUAUAUAGCUUUGAAACAUUCCCCGUCGAAGAGGAAAAGUAUAAGCAGACCAUUGAGGCCGCUAGAGGGUGACUUUGAUUCAACCGCGGUGGCGGCAACUGGAGGUUCGACAAUGCAUGCUACAUCACCUACAAAGGCCGUUAGCCCGCCCGAUCCUGCGAUCAGCAUGACGAACGCGGCGGCCUCGGUGCCGAUUGCCACCUCCACCCCGGUUAACCUUGCCGCCGGCCCGCUGAGUCCGCCUCCGUUGACCUUAGCCACCGGUCAAGGUCCGCAUCACGAGCAUCCGCCCGGGGCCGCCCCCACGGUCAAGGUCACGAGUUACCCGGCUGUACUGAAGGGUAGAAGCGCGGCCAGUCCGCCGAACCCGAACCUGGUACCGUCCGGCAAGGUCCCACCUCCGGUGCCACCGCGGGGCACGGCCGCCUCGAGGACCGCCAGGUCCUCCGAGGAUCACCGGGCGGUCAGCACCGCCGCCUCGACAACGUCGUCGGUGACUUCCAGCCGAGGUGGCACCCUUCCUUCCACCUGCUCCACCCCGCCCCCGCCCUUUGAUGAUGCAGUCCGCUCGAACGACCAAACCUUGGCUUCCGGUGGUCACCUUCAGCAAGGCGGCGCAACCCCUAUUCUUACGAGCAAUCUGUUCUCUACUCAUUCCAAACAAAAUAAGGUUGUUCAUCACGUUACCCUCACCAAGACGUAUCACGAUACUGUAAGCAUAUCGGACGUGCAUUUGGAGAGCAGCGGUAGCGGUAGUGGCAGUGGCGGCAGGGAAACCAAGUCGUCACUGAGUGUCGAGAGUGGCGGCAGCAGCAGCCGAGGUGGCGGCGGUCUCACAUGGACCCCACCGGCCGGAAGUGCUGAGGGCUCGACGCCAACGUGGACUGAGGGCACGCCGUCCUUCACCGAGAGCUCCAGCAGCGGCGACAUAGGUUGCCCGACCACGCCAAUCAAGGGUAAUCAACGUCAGGAUGACGGUGGAAGGAUCGCGGCCACUGUGGAGGAGGCCCUAGCGAGUCUCACGACUGAGAUGGAGAUACUGCAGCGCGAGUGAAUGCACGACUCUCGUCCCCCUUCGUCAUCUCGUGCGCAACGUGCUCUGUGGGUGAUCUGCACCGCCGUAGCGACAAAUCUUCGAGAAAAUGAGAGAGAGAGAAAGAGAGAAUGGGUGACUGUGUGAAUGAUACGGUAACGAAAUACAGUUUAACCCUUGAUUGGUCGCGUUGGAGUAGGUCGCUAACUAUGUCCGUGUAAUUCAAGCUUUUAACAGUCGCAUUUAAUUUUACUGCUGGUAUCAGUAGUUGGUAGUUGGAUUUUUCACGGAACAUGUAACGCUAUGCUUUUUUAAAAGUCUGAUCUGUCAUUCUUGUCACGUUUCAUUCUUUUUUGCCGUCAUUGUCUCUACCGGAUCCUCUUAAUUCUCCUCGUUUUAACAUUUCGCUUGUCAAUUAGUCACACUUACCCUCUCUACUUAAGUCACUCUCUGUUAGGCGGAGAAUAACUCAAAAUAAUUAAUUUGGAAUUGACAUAAGAAUAUUUAUUUAAUCCUAAAAGCCUGCAUUUGAUCGCAAGACUACUUAAGGGUUAAAAUCUAGUGGCAAAUGAUAUGAAUAGCUUCGCAUCGAGGAUCGAGGCGAAUAUGUGAUCUGUUCUGAAUCGAGAUUGCAAGGAUUAUCGACCGUUCCAUUUUGAUGGCGAAGUUUAUGUUUUAUUCGUUAUAUAUACAUAGGACGUUUCACUUGUACGAAACGUUUGUACUUAACGCGAUUUUCAUUAACAUCCGUUCGGUAGAGACAUUCGUCUCGAUCCGCGACUUCUAACAUUAAUUUGUUAUCGACAUGUAUAUCUGUACACAUAAACAUGUGAGCGUAUCUCAUUCGAAUGUGGUUUCCACUAUGAUAAGGGAACACCUUCGACAUCCUUAUAUGGGCAUCCUUGAAUCUUCCUGGGUAUAGGAGAGUCAAUAUCAUUAUGGUUACGUAUUUAACAAGAACGUGAUACUCGUCGGCCUACAGUACUCGAUAAAGCUUUUGACAUUGUUCCAAAUCGAUUCAGGGAGUGAUUAAAAUGCCAUUUUUUUUCAAUGAAAGUUUUCAUAGAGAAGUUUCUUUUUUUAUUAGCCUGUUCGGAAAAAUCGUCUCAAAUUUCAGUUGAUGAAACGCUUCUUAAGGACCUCGUGCACAAAAAUUCAUGAGUGAUUAUUAGAAAACUCGCCGACAUUCAGCACAAGUCCGUCUCCACCGCUUCAAUAAAUAAAGUUGCUCUUUGAAUAAAAAUUGCGUCCUAAACUAACAGAAGAUUUGAAACGAACUUUCCGCACAACCUAAUGUUUUUAAAGAGGACCGAUAUGACGUUCUUAAUUCUUUUGACGUCGUAUUAUCCUAUUUAAAUUGAUACAUAUCCCUUUUAUUCUGUUCUUUUAUUUAUCAGCGAAAUUUUUAAUCGGUCUAUAAAAUAGAACAGGCCAAUUAUAGAUC